CCCAAUCGAUGAACAGAGGACGGCACCGAAUCAUUUUGACUUCACCUUUUUCUUAUGAUAAAGAGUCUCAUCGUUUUUCCUAUAUAUACUUCGUACUCCUCUUUUAGGUCCCUACGUCUCUGUCUCUCUUUCUCUAUACUCUCAAUUCUCAGUUUCUUGAUUAACCCAACAACAUUAAUUUUGUACAAUUUGACUCCAUUAAUCAUUAAUUAUUCUUCAAAACGAUGGGAAGAUCACCAUGUUUGGAUAAGAAAAUUGGGCUCAAGAAAGGUCCAUGGACUCCAGCGGAAGAUCAAAAGCUCAUUGAUUAUAUCAAUAAACAUGGUUAUGGAAACUGGAGAACUCUUCCCAAGAAUGCUGGGUUAGAAAGAUGUGGUAAGAGUUGUCGUCUCCGGUGGACUAAUUAUCUCCGACCAGAUAUAAAACGAGGAAGGUUCUCCUUUGAAGAAGAAGAAAUCAUUAUUCAACUUCACAGCAUCAUGGGAAACAAGUGGUCUGCAAUUGCGGCUAGAUUGCCAGGAAGAACAGACAACGAGAUCAAAAACUAUUGGAACACUCACAUCAGAAAAAGACUUCUAAAGUUAGGAAUCGAUCCGGUAACACAUAGUCCACGUCUUGAUCUUCUGGAUAUCUCCUCCAUUCUCAGCUCAUCUGUCCACAACUCUUCUCAUCAUCAUCAACAAAACAUGUUGAGGCUUAUGAUGGGUGAUGGGAAUCAUCAUCAUCAGCCAUUAGUCAACCCGGAGAUACUCAAGCUCGCAACGUCUCUCUUUUCAAAUUCUCAACAACAAUACAAGAAUCAGAACAACCCCACCAAUACACACGAGGUUAACCAACCCGAAGUAAACCAAUAUCAAAACGGCUACAAUAUUAUUGGUAAUCAAGAAUUACAAUCUUGCUUCCCUAGCAUGGAUCAAUUCGCAGAGUUUCAAGACCCCAUGCCAACGACGACGUUUCCAGAUUCAGUGCAUUCGCUCCCAUUGAACCAGGACUAUGAUUAUUCGACAUCUAACUUCGCAUUAGAACCUUUUUACUCUGACUUUGCUUCGGUCUUGGCCACACCCUCUUCGAGCCCGACUCCAUUAGACUCAAGCUCCACAACUUACAUCAAUAGUAGUACUUGCAGCACCGAGGAUGAAAAAGAGAGUUAUUGCAAUAAUAACUUCAUGAAUAGUUCUGAAAUAGGUCCUGAUUAUUCGUUUGAUGUUAAUGGUUUUCUGCAAUUCUAAGAAACACAUUAAAGACCCAUGGGAUAGAGUUAUUUAAUACUAUUGUAUUCAAUAUAUAGAUUUUGUUACAUAUGUAAGAUACAAUUUCUUAUUGUUUUUUCUUCUCAUUAUUUUAUACUAGUUUAAUAUAUCGCCAAAGCUAGCGAAAGUAACAUCCCACCAAUAAACAAUAUACAUCUCGUAAGACUUUUUUAAAUGAUCCAGUUUCUGUUAUUGGUAUCUACACUUUUGUUUAAUAUAUUUGGUCAGCUUUUCUUCCACAUAACUGCCUACAGAUCGAUCCAGCGAGAAUAUCAAAUAUGGCUCGAGUUACAGCAUAUAUACAUAUUUUAUCAGGUGAUUUAAUUUUGCUGAAAAGAAAGCAGAAAAAAAUGAUAACCAAAACACUUGACUCCUUGUGUUUCACUCACUACCCUGAAUAAAUUAACACUCCCUCCGUUUUACAAAGAUUGAUGUUUUAGAAAAAAAUAUUUUUAUAAAUACAUUCUUUAUAUUUUUCAUGUAUCUUUAUUACUAAUAAUGAUUAAUUUUAAAAAACUUACUGUAUUUACUAUAUUUUUAUUAGUUUUAAGGGGAAUUUGCCGAAAAACCCUAUAUAUUCAUUUUAAACAUAAAGGUGUAUACAUAUUCCAUCAAAUACAAACCAACCUAAAUAGAUGGUAAAAUUACUAGUUAACCUUUAUGACUAAACAAAAAACCAUAAAUAUAUUUUUUAUGAUUUUGUCAUUCUGAAAUUUACAAGUAAUAGAAAGAAGUCUACACAUAAGUAGUAUUUCUAAAAAAUAUACUAUAAUUAGACUUAUUUUGUAGUCUACGUCGUAAUAUGAUCUAAUAAUUUAAUUAUAAAAAUGUAAAAAUAUGAUCUAAUAAUUUAAUUAUAAAAAUGUAUCAAUAUAAGGAUUAAGAUGACAAAUAUAAAUUAUGAUUUUAUAUUAUUGAACAAUAUAAAAUAUAUAUAUUGAUUUGGUAACCAUGCGUUAGACAAUUUUUAUGGUUUACCAACAAAAGAGGUUCUAACAUGUUAUGUCUCUAAGGGUUAGAUUUUAGAUUGAGACAUUUUUGGUUUUUUGAAUUAAAUUGCAUAUUAAUGUUGAGUAGUUUAUAUUUUGUAUAUUUUGAUAUUUGAUACAAUAAUUAAGAUUUUUUUGAUUAUCAAACAAACAUUUAAGAUUUGAGAUUUUUAAUUUAGGGCAUAGUAGACCUACAAUAAAGUCUACUGCAUUGUAGGUGUAGUGUCUUUUUCAUACUUUAAUUGGUGAACUAGAUUUUGACCCGCGCUUUGAAAGCGCGGGAUCGAUUCUUUUUAAAAUUUCAUUUAAAUUAAUAAAUAUUUGUCUAAUCUAUAUUUUAAUAGAUUUUCUAUUUGUUUAUAGUCAAUUUUUAUAAUAUUGUCUUCUUUAGUUUUUUAAUUAUUAUUAAAAUAAAAAUGUUUGUGUAAUAAUUAAUUAGUUAAAAGAUUUUAAAAUGGUAAACUCCUACUCAAUAAAUUUAAUCAUAUUGUGAUGAUAUAUUUGGUAAGGUUAUUUAUUUAUAAUUUUAACUUAUUAAAUAAAUAUUAUAUGAAAAAUGUAAUAGACAUUACAUUUUUUAUUCUACAUAUUUUUAAUUAAUGCAUAAAUUUUAAAUUAUAAUAACAUAAAUAUUUAAUAAUAGGAAACCGGUGCUGCCUAUUUAUAAUAUUGAUCGGAUUCAAAGCGAGGUGUUAGGUUUUAGGAAAAAACUUGGGGAGAAAGUUGGGGGAUCUUUUCUUUAAAAUCAAAUUUCUCUAUAUUUUAAGAUUAGUUUUGGAAAAUUCAGUUACCAUGUCAAAGAGUUAAAAUAUUUUUCUGCGUGUUCUUCAAGUUGGGAGAUUUUUUUUAAUUUGAUUUGAUUCCGUAAAUCUCUGAGUAAAUGGGAUUUAAAACGACUUAAUGGGCUUAAAAACGAAAAUGUAAGUAGCAUAUUUGUUGGGCUUUUCAUUUUUGAAAAACAUUUACAACAAUUGAAAAAACAAUUGAAAAAAGAAAUGAAAUGUUUUGUAAUUAAUAGGAAAAUUCAGGGGCAGAUUCAUAAGAAGUAUUCUGCUUUAAUAGUAUAGAUACAAAUAAAGAAUGUGAAACCAUAUAUUAUAUCUAUUAAAAAAACACAUUUAGUAAAUCAUACGUUAAAAUUAUUAAACAAUAAAGAAAAAAAGAACCCAAAAAAAUCGUUGUAAUCUAACAGAUAAGUCUACUCACUAGUAGUAAUUUAACCCAAUCAUAUUUAACCAAGUUAAUUUUAACUUAACUGAACUUAAACCAAUUUUUUUUAAAAACCUAAUGUGAAAUCAUAUAUUAAAAUUAUUAGAAGAAUAUAAAAACGAAAAAAUUAUAGUAGACUAGUUUGUAACUCUACCAAACCGAAAACAAUUUUAGAUUACAAAAAUUAAAAAAAAAAACAAUUUUGAUUGAUUUUAGUUUUUUGUAUGAAUAAAUUAAAAUUAUAGUAGACUAGUUUUGUGUUUCACUUGUAUAAUAUUUUUUUUUUGUCAGCUCUUGUAUGAUAUUAUUAAUUUUUGUUAGUAAUCAAUUUUCACAAGAUAUUAUUUUCAACCAAACAGUUAAAACAUCCAUAAGAUAAAACAAUAACGAACACAAAUAAGAAAACAAAUCUAUACAAAAAUUCCAAGAAGUUUUAAGAGUAAAACUAAUCACAAAAACUUUGCAAUAUGUCUCAAGUGUAUACUUCAAACAAUAAAAAUGCAGUAGUAGACUUCUAAGAACAUCUCCAACAAUGACACCAAAUUUGGUGUUGAAAUUACACCAAAUUUGGUGUUUUGGUAUCAUAAUCUUUUUGUCAUCUCCAACAAUGACACUAAAUUUUCAACUAAAAGUAAUAUUAUAUAUAUUAUUUGAUGCUUUCAGUUUUAAUUUUUUUUUAAUAUUUUUUAUUAUUUGUAAUUCAUAAGUAAUUAUUUUAUCAUAUUUAGAUUAUUAUUUAUAUUUUUAUUAUUUGUAAGUGAUAAAUGAUAAUAGUCAUUUAGUUAUUUAUUUUGAAAAGAAAAGUAAAAUAAUUUUAAUUUUUAAAUAUGUGAAAAUAAAUUAAAAAUACAAAUAAUACACUAUAUUUAUGUUUAAUUAGAAUUUUCUAGUAAUUGAGCUAUAUUAUUAAAUGAAACAAAAUAAAAUAUGUAUUUUAAAGAUUUGGUGAAUAGCGUUACACUAAAUAUGGUGUAACAAUAUUCAUAGUACACCAAAUAUGGUGGGAUGGUGUCAAUUUUGAUGUUUUGUUGGAGAUGAAAUUACACCAAAUUUGGUAUUUUGGUGUCUUGUUGGAGAUGACCUAAAUAAGUCUACACUUAGUUAACUACCUAAUCAAACCAAAAAUUUCUUAGCUCCAUAAUUAUAACACAUUAAAUUGUGAAAUUUAUCCAAGACCAUUAAGAUUUAUUAACACACACUGUAAAACAAUUAAAUCAUAAAAAUAUGAUACAUAAUACACAAAUGCACUUUUAAUAGAAUUUUGGACGUAAACUUCAACUGCAAUCUACAUUUGUUGACUUAUGAAGACCUCUACACUAAUUUUCUAACAACAUAUUCAAACAAAAAAUUGAUAGUUUCAUAAUUAUAACAUAUUAUAUUUUGAAAAUCAGUUAAGACCAUUAGGAUUAACUAACACACACUGUCAACCAAUAAAAUUUUGAAAACAUUUAAUGAAUAAUACACAAAUUCACUUUUAAUAGAUUUUUCUACGUAUACUAAAUAUGCAGUCUACACAUUAGUAGACUUUCUUUUUAGAUUAGGUAUGUAGACUGUCAUAUACGUCUACUCUUUGGGUUAGUUUUUGUAAUUGCAAAAUUCACAGGUUAAUUUCUUAAUUUAAAAAGUUGUGAUUUUAUAUGUGUAGACUUCCUUUAUUGUUUAUAAUUUAAAAAUAUUAGUUUUGCAAUUGAUCUGAAUUCACCUAGGAUUUGGCUUUCAACAGUAGACUUCAUAUGCAAUUUACGUUAUCUUGGAAGAUGUUUGUUUUGCAAUUGACAAAAUCUGAAUUUCUAUGAGUAGAUUUAAAUGAAUGCCUACGAAUAUGUAGAAUUCAUUUGAAGUCCACUCUCAAAUCCGACAGAUUAAUAUUGUGUUUGACGAAAAUAAAAUAGUAGAUUCAUUUGCAGUCUACGUUUUUUGUAAUAUUAGUAUACUGCAUAUGAAGUAUACUCUUUAAUUUAUUUUUGGUCAAUCUUUUAACAUUUUAGUCAAACACAAAACAAACUUAUUUAAUGAAGUCAAAGUUUUGGUCAGAUGCAAAACAUAUCUUUUGUAGACUUUCCAAUCAAUAUGCAAAAUGUAGACUUCAUUGGAAGUCUACUAUGAAAAUUCAAAAGUUUAAUCAAAUGCAAAUAUAACUUUUUUAUGUAGAAUUUUUAGUAAAUCUACCUAAUUUUUUUGUAUGUUUCCAAAAGUAAAGACGUAUAGAUAUUUAGGGAAGUCUGCGUAGCAAAGAAUAUAAGUUUGAUCAAUUUCAAAACUAACAUGUGCGUUGACAAGUAGACUGUUUAGUAUGUCUACACAUAUGAGUACACAUACAAAAAGUCUACUAUCGCGACACAAUACAAAAAGUCUACUACCGCGACACAUAUUUGAAAAAUUAUGAAAACCAUGUAAAUAUUUUUUUUUGAUGUAAAGAUCGUUUCCAACUUUUUCCACCGUCCAAGUUUCAAAUAUGAGCAAAAAAGCACCUUUGACAAUUUUUUUACUUAAGAAACUCAAAAAUACGAAGUUUGUCUUUAUGGAAAUGAAACUUGUGAAAGUUUUUUAGAUGAAAAUGAAAAGAUAAUGAAGAUUUGUUGGUUUGGAAUGAGGAAAAAGUAGAUAUAAAUUGAAUUCUUGAGCUUUAAGAACUCAAAAUAGUUGUUCAUGGUGGUUGAAAAUUGACGAUGAUGUCAUUGUUGUAAAUACUGAGAAAUGUUUAGAGUAUAUUUGGUUUUUUGAUAUUUUGAAAUAAAUAAAAAAUUAAAUAAUAAUGACUAGUUUGUUAAUAUUU